CGGAGGGCUGAAGCCAUGGCAGCCACAGCGGCAGGUGGAGGGCGCUGGGAAGUGGUGAAGAAGAGCCGGCGGCCUAGGGCCGGCGGCGGUGGUCGAGGUGGCGGCGGGGACCGUCGGGCCCUCGGGGAGGCGAACGGAGUGUGGAAGUACGACCUGACCCCUCCAAUCCAGACCACCAGCACCCUUUACGAGCGAGGCUUUGAGAAAAUCAUGAAGCGGCAGAAUAAGGAACAGGUUCCACCCCCUGCUGUGGAGCCUAAGAAACCAGCCAACAAGAAGCAGCCAAAGAAGGUGGCAACUCUGAACAACCAGAACCAGAAGCAGGGCCCCUUCCGUAGCCUGGAGGAGGCAAUGAAAGCUCUAGAUGUGGCAGCUCUGCAGAAGGAAUUGGACAAGAGCCAGAGUGUGUUCACUGGGAACCCCUCCAUAUGGCUGAAGGACCUAGCCAGCUAUCUCAACUACAAGCUCCAGGCCCCACGUAACGAGCCCACCCUGAGCCAGCACACACAUGAUUAUCCCUACAGCCUGGUGAGCCCGGAGCUGCGUGGGAUCAUCCGAGGGCUCCUGACGAAGGCGGCAGGGUCUCUGGAGCUCUUUUUUGACCACUGUUUGUUCACCAUGCUGCAAGAGCUGGAUAAAACACCAGGGGAGUCACUACAUGGAUACCGCAUCUGUAUCCAGGCCAUUCUGCAGGAUAGGCCCAAGAUUGCCACCGCAAACCUGGCCAAGUUCCUGGAAUUGCUAAGAUCCCACCAGAGCCGACCAACCAAAUGCCUGACCAUCAUGUGGGCCAUGGGGCAAGCAGGUUUUUCCAGUCUCACCGAGGGACUGAAAGUGUGGCUGGGGAUCAUGCUGCCUGUGCUAGGAAUCAAGUCUCUGUCUCCCUUUGCUAUUGCGUACCUGGAUCGCCUGUUCCUGAUGCACCCCAAUCUUACCAAGGGCUUUGGCGUGAUUGGCCCCAAGGAUCUCUUCCCACUGUUGGACUUUGCCUAUAUGCCCAACAACUCCCUAACGCCCAGCCUGCAGGAGCAGCUGUGUCAGCUCUACCCCCGACUGAAGGUGCUAGCAUUUGGAGCAAAGCCGGAAUCUACCCUGCACACCUACUUCCCUUCUUUCCUGUCCAGAGCCACCCCUAGCUGUCCGGCUGGGAUGAAGAAAGAGCUUCUGAGCAGCCUGACCCAAUGCCUGACUGUGGACCCCCUCAGCACCAGCGUCUGGAGGCAGCUGUACCCCAAGCACCUGUCACAGUCCAGCCUGCUGCUGGAGCACCUGCUGAGGACCUGGGAGCAGAUCCCCAAGAAGGUGCGCAAGUCUUUGCAAGAAACCAUUCAGUCCUUCAAGCUGACCAACCAGGAGCUGCUAAAUAAGGGCAACCCGCAUGCCGUCACCUGUGAAGCGGCCUGCAAGGGCUUGUUAGAGCAGGCACGGGGCCCUCAGCCGCCCUGGACCCGGCUGCUCCUGCUGCUGCUGGUCUUUGCUGUAGGUUUGCUGUGCCAUGACUUGUGGUCACACAGGUCUUUCCAGGCCUCCCUCAGCGGUCAGUUGCUUCAGUCGUCUGGUGUCGUGCCUGCUGGCCAGCAAGUGUGUACCAAACUCUACUCCUACAGCCUCCAAGGCUACAGCUGGCUAGAGGAGACAUUGCCGGCCUGCAGCUCCUACCUGCUUACCAUGCUUCAGCCCAGCUUGCAGCUAGCCUGGGCUCACACCAAUGCCACACUCAGCUUCCUUUCUGCCCAUUGUGCUUCUCACCUUUCCUGGUUUGGUGACAGUUUCACUGGUCUCUCCCAGAGGCUCCCUGAUGUCCUGUACCAGCUGUGCCAGUCUCUGAGGGAGCUGAUACUAUUCCUCUACCAGAGCGUGCUACUGCCAGUGUGGCAUCUACUGCUGUCAGCCCUGGCCCAGGCCCAGGAGCACUGCCACAAGGCGUGCAGAGGUGAGGUGACCUGGGACUGUGUGAAGACACAGGUUGGUGAGGCUGCCCGCUGGACCUGGCUCUUCCUACAGGACAUCACAGGGGCUUUCCUGGACUGGGCACUCACCGUGAUAUCCCAACAAUAAGCCCUGUCUCCCUGGCCACUAGUUUCCUUCCUGGGCAGGCCAUCUGAGACUACUGCAGCACAGAGGGUGGCGGCUCUUUAUUGGUGCCCGAGUCCCAUCUCCUAGGCAAGGGGCCAGUUUCCUCUGCCCCAGCUGUCUCAUCUUCAGGGGUCCAGGCCACGGGUCUGCAGCCCCUUGCCCUCAGGACCACUGGACACCUAGGGACCUGGUUGCACAGGUCUCAGCCUCCUCUCAGCUGCUCUCCUGACCUUCCUUUCCACUUCCAUCUAAAUCCUAAUGCUCCAACAGCUCAUCUCCAAAGAUGGGGCUCCUGGCGAGUUCAGCGGCCUCCUCUUGGUCACAACAUUAGCUACAGUGACAAAGGGCAAAGACCUCAGAAGGAUUCUGUACCACCAUGGGCAGCAGCAGCUACACCUCUUCCCAGCUACCUUGGUGGACAUGGGGGAAUGCCUGUCACCUCAGAACGCCCAGAAUAAGCCCUCUGAGGCCCCUCACCAUCUCCUCCAGUUGUGUCCUCCUUCCUCAGCCCUGCCCCCUCUCAGUGCUGAGGACUCUGCCUUGGCUUAGCAUCUCCACUGCCCAGCCCACUCUCAGCCGGGAGCCAGAGAACCUUCCACCAGCCUGCUGACAAGGGAGUCAGCAUAGGGCUCCCAGGGGUGCCUACCAGGUGGAAUAAAGGACACAUUGGAUUUCUA